AUGAAUUUUUCGAAAUCAAUAGCUUAUCCCCGCGAGCCUGGUGUGGAAGAGAAGUCUGUGACGCCCGAAUGGCUGAACGAAAACCAUGGCGAUUACUCGCAGCCCUGGCGCGGACAGCGCGCGUCAUGGGAAUGCGAAGACACUGAAGAUCCGUUGAGAAAGAAACGGCGCAGGGAAAUCUGGUUCAAGCGCUUCCACAACACUCUUCUGAAGAGCCCGAUCGUCCCGCUCAUCUUCCGGCUCACCGUGUGGUGUUUCUCCCUCACUGCUCUGGCCCUUGGCGGCUCGAUCCAGCAUUUGUCCCAGGAAUACGUCCAUCCCCAGGGCCCUUCCGCGUUGAUGGCCAUCAUCGUCGACGCGGUCGCUCUGGUCUACCUCGUUUACAUCACCUGGGACGAAUAUACGGCUAAACCACUGGGUCUACGUUCCCCCUCGGCCAAAGCACGGCUUGUUCUCUUGGAUAUCUUCUUCAUCGUCUUCGAUUCGGCCAACUUGAGUUUGGCGUUCGAGUCCUUGUCGACUAUCAGUGGCGCCUGUACCGUUGGAGAGAUCAACCAAGAGAUCACUCCUAAGAAUGAUCUGAUAUGCGACCGACAGAUAGCCCUCGCAUCUGUGUUGUUGAUUGCUUUAUUGGCAUGGCUUACAACAUUUGCUAUUAGCGUCCUCAGACUGGUAGAUCGCGCGGCCAACUAG